AUUGAUUUCGUGGCUCACGAUGAUAUCCCAUACUCCUCAGCAGGAAGUGAGGAUGUCUAUAAACACAUCAAGGAGGCAGGGAUGUUUGUGCCGACACAACGGACAGAGGGAAUCUCAACAUCUGACUUGAUUACUAGAAUUGUCAGAGACUACGACGUCUAUGCCCGACGCAACCUCCAACGUGGCUACACAGCCAAGGAGCUUAACGUCAGUUACAUCAACGAGAAGAAGUACCGGCUGCAGAACCAAGUGGACCGAAUGAAGGAGAAGGUUCGCACAGUGGAGGAGAAGAGCAAACAUUUUGUUUACCGUGUGGAGGAGAAGAGUCACGACCUCAUUCAGAAAUGGGAAGAGAAAUCCAGAGAGUUUAUCGGCAACUUUCUAGAACUUUUUGGACCUGACGGGACUUGGAAACAGGUGUUUCAGGAGCGCAGUGGACGAAUGCUGUCUUACGCUCUAUCUCCCCGAGAGUCGCCU